CACAUCACGGAUCUGUGUCCAGCGAUCCUGUUCACGAGGGCUGAAGAUGGCAGCUUGCUGUUUUUUUUCUUUUCUUGUGUUUCGGUUGAUUACUGGACAGUUCGACGACUUAAGGAGCCAUCACUUUUUUUGUUGGUGGUCUUUUAUCAUUCCGGUCGACAGAUCUCAGAUUAAAGGUCGGCACUGGGUGUUCGCUCUGGUCUUGAGCUCCCUUGUCUUCGGACUUGGUGAGCUCGGCCGGAGUCCCCGGUUUGCUGACGGCGUCAUAUUCCUACUCUCUUUACCGAUUUUGGCCGUCGGCCGAUGAGGUUAGGGAAUAACCAUGACUAGCCAACAUUCCUUUUGAGUCUUAGGAUUUUUAUGUGAAUCCUGCGCAAUUGUAGUCUAGUUGUAAAUUGAUCAUGACCGUGGCUUACCCGCCCUGUCUUCUCUAUCUGGCAUAUAUGCGCCCAUCUUGAA